CGCGCUGAUUGGCCGCGCGCGCCAACCGUCGGUAUUUGAAUCGGCGGCGGGCGAACGGGCUCCCGGAUUCCGCGCCUCCCGCUCCCUCGGUUUUGCGUGGCCGCCAGCAGAAUGAGUCUGCAGAUCUACAAUGAUGAAAACGUCACUGGUGACAAAAGUUCAGAGAACUGUGAGUUCCUGUUUUCACCACCGGAACUUACCGGAAGACUAUCUGUUCUUCGUCUGUCACAGAAAGAAAAUGUGCCACCCAAGAGCGUACUCAAAGCUAUGAAAGUGACUUUCCAGACUCCUCUGCGGGACCCACAGACACACCGGAUAUUAAGUCCUAGCAUGAGCAGCAAGCUCGAGGCUCCUUUUGCUCUGGAGGAUACUGUUGGCUUAGAAAACUCUCCUCAAAACCGGACCCAGAAAGAGAACCAACAGUUCGCCAAGGAAGUGGACACCAAAAUGACCAAUGGAAUUCUCCACAAACCAAUGAUGGCCAAUGCCAUCCCCACUCCAGCAGAUGUGAGACCAACCCCUGAAGAUUGGCAGCAUUCCAGUGGGCCCACCUCAGCUCACCUGGCCAGUCUGGAUCCCUCAAGCUUUCCCCAGAUGCCAAAACGUCCUGAAAAUCAAGUGGCUUCUCUAGGACAAAUGACUCUGAGCCCCGAGCAAGCCUUGGAGGAAAGUGUUCAUUCUUAUUUCUCAGAAAAGAGUAUUCUCUCCACCUUGGAAAUCAUAGAAGACCCUUCCCAGACGGCUACCCCAGACCGAACAGAAGACCCUCCUGAAGCCGCCAGAGAAAACCCAAACUGGGUCCCUGCUUCCUCAGCUAGGGCUGCUUUGCCCCCUACGACUUGCCCUGCAGGAGCAGGUGGAGAAGGGCCCCCUGUAGACCUUCCUGGUGAGGCCCCGGCCGGCCCUGAAGGGCCCUCUGGUCCUGGGGAUGCCAUGCUGGCCAGCCAUCUGAAGGCUGAAGGGGCCACAGCCCCAAGUCCUCAGAAGAAAGAAGCUGAUGGCCAGAGAGCCACCUCGUGGAAUGGCAGGCCCAUAGAGCUAGAAUUUGAUUUCUCUGACAAUGCUACCAGCAAAACAUUGCCUGCACUGAGGGAAUUGGGGACGAGACCUAGCCUUAAACCACCCUCUGGGAUAUCAGAGCCGCAGCAGGAAAAGGCCCCUGAGGAGGCCAGUGAGGGGCCCAUUCACCUGCCCCGGAGGUCUUACAGCCUGGACUGGAACAAGCUGGAUGACCCAAACUUUAACCCAUUUAAAGAUGGAGGAGAGUCCCAGCCCUCAGAAUGCCCACAGAGCAGGCCAGCCGGGCCUGUGGCCAAGGAGGUGUCUGCUAGUCCCGAGGCCACGGGGCCCUCCUCUCCGAGCCUGCAGGUGCCUUCAUUCUCCUCGGAUGACACGCCUGGGGUGCAGACCGCAGCCAGGACCCCAGGCACAGCAGGCGAGGAGGGAGCUGCGGACCCUGCAGGUGCACCAGCCCCUAGGGGCAGCCUGGGCGGUGAGCCGGCGCCCCCCACUCCUCCACGGGGCCUGGAGCCCACCGCAGAGCUGGCUGAGGAGCAGUUCCGAGACCCCACUGAGGUUCUAGGCUCAGGAGCUGAGGUGGAUUAUCUGGAGCAGUUUGGGGGUUCCUCGUUUAAGGAGUCAGCCCUGAGAAAACAGUCCUUGUACCUCAAGUUUGACCCGCUCCUGAAGGACAGCCCUCAGAGACCAGGGCCUGUGGCUCCAGAGACCAGCAGUGCACAGGAUGUGGCCGUGCCUUCCUCAGGAAGCUUGCCAGAGGCGAAGCUCGUGGAACUUGACUUCCUGGGACCCCCAGAUGAUCCCGUGCUGGAUCCUCCUCCCUGUGUCUUUGGGCCUGGGGGGCCACCGCUGUCCAUGGGCUCCAUCGUGGACGUGCUGCAGUACAGCCAGAAGGACCUGGAUGCAGCGGUGGAGACCACACGCGAGGAGAAUGUGCUGCUGAGGAGCCGGUGUGAGACGCUGCACGCCAGGAACCUGGAGAUGGGGAAGAUCAUGGACGGCUUUGAGGGGAUCGUGUACCAGGCGAUGGAGGAGGCUCAGAAGCAGAAGGAACUUGCAAAAGCAGAGAUCCAGAAGAUCCUAAAGGAAAAAGAGCAGCUGACUGCAGACCUGAGCUCCAUGGAAAAGUCUUUCUCUGACCUCUUCAAACGGUUUGAGAAACAGAAGGAGGUGAUCGAGGGUUACCGCAAGAAUGAAGAGUCGCUGAAGAAGUGUGUGGAGGGUUACAUUGCGAGGAUAGAGAAGGAGGGCCAGCGGUACCAGGCCCUGAAGGCCCAUGCGGAGGAGAAGCUCCAACUAGCCAGCGAGGAGAUUGCCCAGGUGCGCAGCAAGGCCCAAGCGGAGUCCUUGGCCUUCCAGGCCAGCCUGAGGAAGGAGCAGAUGCGCAUCCACUCGCUGGAGAAGACAGUGGAGCAAAAGACUAAGGAAAAUGAGGAACUGACCCGGAUCUGUGAUGACCUCAUCUCCAAGAUGGAGAAGAUCUGACACAACCCCCUCCCCCGCC